AUGCCCAAAAGAAAGGCUGAACAGGAUACUAAAGGAGAUAAGGCCAAGGUGAAGGAUGAGACACAGAGAAGAUCUGCAAGGUUUUCUGCUAAACCUGCUCUUCCAAAGCCAGAACCCAAGCCUAAAAAAGCCCCUGCAAGGAAGGGGGAGAAGGUCCCCAAAGGGAAGAAGGGGAAGGCCGAUGCCUGGAAGGAUGCGAAUAAUCCUGCAGAAAAUGGAGACGCCAAAACAGACCAGGCACAGAAGGCUGACAGUGCUGGAGAUGCCAAGUGA